CGCCGUUCGUCCCCGCAAACCGCCCCGGCUGGCAGGUGACAGCGGCCGGGCUGCGCGGCGAGCGGUGCCCGGUACCGGCUCGGGGCUCGGUGUUCUGGUGAGCACGGGUUCGGCAUGAAGCUCAGCUAGCAGCACAAUGACCGUACCGGGGAGAGGUGCCCGUGGGGUUGGACACUCGCUAGCAGAGAGCUGAAGCCCGCGCCCAGGAGAGCAGGAUGCGGGUCACCACGCGCAGGGUGCUGCUGCUGGUGGGCUCGGUGGCGGCCCUGAUGGUGACCCUGCACCUCGGGCAGCAGGUCCUGGAGUGCCAGCAGGUCCUGAGCGAGAGGAGGCACAGGCUGAUGAGGCCCGAGAACGAGGAGCUGGUGAUGGUGGACGCCAACCACGUGGAGUACCGGUACAGCAAGGACAUGCCCCUGAUCUUCAUCGGCGGCGUCCCGCGCAGCGGCACCACGCUGAUGAGGGCCAUGCUGGACGCCCACCCCGAGGUGCGCUGCGGGGAGGAGACCCGCAUCAUCCCCCGCGUGCUGGCCAUGCGCCAGGCCUGGUCCAAGUCCGGCCGCGAGAAGAUGCGCCUGGACGAGGCGGGCGUGACGGACCAGGUGCUGGACGCGGCCAUGCAGGCCUUCAUCCUGGAGGUGAUCGCCAAGCACGGCGAGCCCGCCAGGUACCUGUGCAACAAGGACCCCUUCACGCUCAAGUCCUCCGUGUACCUGUCCCGGCUGUUCCCCAACUCCAAGUUCCUGCUGAUGGUGCGGGACGGGCGCGCCUCGGUGCACUCCAUGAUCACGCGCAAGGUGACCAUCGCCGGCUUCGACCUGAGCAGCUACCGGGACUGCCUGACCAAGUGGAACAAGGCCAUCGAGGUGAUGUACUCCCAGUGCCUGGAGAUCGGCCGCGCCCGCUGCCUGCCCGUCUACUACGAGCAGCUGGUGCUGCACCCCGAGCAGUCCAUGCACAACAUCAUGAGGUUCCUGGACAUCUCCUGGAGCGACACGGUGCUGCACCACGAGGAGCUCAUCGGGAAGCCCGGCGGGGUGUCCCUUUCCAAGAUAGAAAGGUCAACAGACCAGGUGAUCAAGCCGGUGAACAUGGAGGCGUUAUCCAAAUGGAUCGGGCACAUCCCGGGGGAUGUGCUGCAGGACAUGGCCCACAUCGCCCCCAUGCUGGCCAGGCUCGGCUACGACCCCUACGCCAACCCCCCCAACUACGGCCACCCCGACCCCCUGGUUGUCAACAACACGCACAGAGUUUUAAAGGGGGAUUAUAAAACACCGGCCAAUCUCAAAGGUCACCUGCAGGUGACUCAGAACACGUCAUCUCCUCACUAAGAAUAUUAAUGAUUUCCAGAACGCUGCCAGUGGCCUGUUGUUGCCCGAGAAGGAAGAGUGUGCAGUGGGCCCGUGGAAAUCGGUUCUCCAAGCAUAUUGCUUGCUCCUACUGUUGCCAAAUGACUGCGCUCCAGGAAUGUAUUUGCAUUUAUUUGCAAAGGCCAAACGUGCUCCACGGCGGGAACGUCCCCGGCCUCUCCCAGCGCUCCGUGGGGAAUGCAGCUGUGGAAAUCCUGACUUGGGGGGGUGGGAGGAGAUUCCCUGUGCCGUGGCUGGAGGACUCAGUACAUCGUGUUUGUGUCUCUGUGAUCUGUUCCCCGUUCCCGGUGUGGGGAGCAGCCCUCCCAUCCCUGCUGUUCCGUAUUCCUGGGAUCGGGAAGAGCCACCCUGGUCCUGCUGUUCCCAAUUCCCAGGCUCAGGAACAGCCCCCUGGCCCUGCAGAGAGCCUUUGUGGUGCGUGUGCCCUCCCCCCCCUAUUCCCUCCCCGACCCUGCAGAGGCUAUUGCAGAGUUAAUAUAUGGCCCCCCCUACCCCCCGUGUCGGACACCAUUAAAGUGUUGAUUUG